AGGAGAAAUAAGGUAAGGAAAAAUCAGGGCACAUGUGGCAAGUGGGGCCAAGGAGAAAGAGCUUACAUGUAAAAUAUUAUGUGAGAAUUAAUCUAGGAGCGACACAUCACUAACUUGGCCUGUGAGAGCGACACGUCAUGCUAGAAGUUGUUCUUUUCUAAUAUAUAUAGAUAUAGAUAUAGAUAGAUAGAUAGAUUAGUUAUUUUUCUAAAAAUUAAACACGUUUAAAAUAUUUUCCCAGUUUUUUGUUUUUUUUUUGUCGAACCAGUUUUUUUCAUUUAUCCAAUUUUAAAAUGUUUUAAAAGAAAUUAAACAACCCACCUUUUAAGAAUAGCCCAAAUACCAAACCCUAAUUAUUUGUCACUGUUGAUCAUCAUCAGGUGCGUUUUCGGUUUUUCUCUCGUCUCUCCUUCCUCCGGUUGCCACCCUCUGAUUAUUUGCUAAAUUCAUGGCGGCUCCUCUCGCAGUAUCAGAUGAAGUUGUUUUCUCAAUUCUAUCAAAGUUGCCUCUGAAAUCCCUAAAACGAUUCAUCUGUAUUCACAAAUCCUUCUCUCUUUUACUUGAAGACUCUUAUUUCAUGACCACGUUCCGCACCAAUUUCAUAUCAAAACUUCAUUCUUAUUAUCAUCACACAUCCCUCCUCUUGCUUCAAGCAGAUGCUAAUUCUUCUGCCAUGUAUUUGCUUUCCGGCGAGAGUUUUCAAAACAGACUCAAAUUACACUGGCCACCUCCUUUUCAAGAGGAUUCCAGAUAUGUUGAAAUUUUGAAUUCUGGUAUUCAUGGCACCCUUUGUCUCCACCGAAAUCGUGGAUAUCGUGGAGACAUUGUGUUGUGGAACCCCUCUACUGAGGAAUUCAAGAUUAUUCCUCCAAGCCCUAUCGAGUCUCUACCUUAUAUGGAUAUUUUACUUCGUCUUCAUGGAUUCAGUUAUGACCAUGUUACAGAUGACUAUAAGGUAAUUCGUGAAGUAAGUUUUUUUCAAUACCUCACAGACUUUGAAGGUGAUUGGGAUGACGUGCCAAAGUGCCCAGACCCAUACCCAGACCCCCUUUGGGAGAUAUAUAGCUUGAGGAGUAACUCAUGGAGGAAACUUGAUAUUGAGAUGCAUAGUGCAUAUAGAGAUGAUAGCAUUUACAUGAAUGGAGUGUGUCACUGGUUGUGUAGACCAAACCAAGACAUCGAUGAAGGACAUUUGUUAUCAUUUAAUUUUAGCCAUGAGAGUUCAUUUACAACAGCAUUACCCUUAGAUCUAUGUGAUAUAAUGAUUAUAAAUCGCCCGGUCGUGUUGAAUGGGUCCAUUGCUGUGAUCUCAAACCAUUGUGAAACCACUACUUUUCACAUAACAGUUUUGGGUGAGGUCGGUGUGAAGGAAUCAUGGAUGAAGCUUUUCACGGUUGGGCCCUUGCCUUGCGUCGAGUAUCCUAUUGGAAUGGGGAAGAAGGGUGAUAUAUUCUUCACAAAAAAAGAUGAAGAAGUGGUCUGGUUUGAUUUAGGUACCAUGAUGGUCCAAGAGAUUGGACUCAAAGGAAAGUCACCUUGUACUCGGAUGGUAAUUUAUAAGGAAAAUCUUCUCCGAUUGAGCAAAUAGAUUAUUGACAGAGUAUGCUUAGAGCUUUCUUCAUGAGUUCUAUGAGGAUGGUUAUUAAAAUCUAUUUGAAUGUUAAGAACGACUUGUAUACAGAAUAUAUCUUCAAUUGCAUACAACAUAAAUGAGAAAGAAACCAUUUACAAAUAUGAAUCUUGCUUUAUCAUUUUUAUUUUGAUGCUUCCUCUUUGUCAAUUUGCAUCUUGUUCUUGUUUUUGUUUCAAUUAUCAAUUUCAAGAAUAAUCUUCUAUCAAGGCUAGUUCAAGUUAUUUUAUUGUAAUACUAAGAGUUUAUGAUUUUUGUACAAAAUUUAGCUGUGAGGAAUCAGUGGUGUAAACAGAAUCAAGCUUCCUUGUGGGAGACUCUCCCUUUUCCUUUUAAUCUCUCCAGCAUUUUGCUUCUCUCUUUUUAUGCUAAUUCCUUACAUGGGUGCCUAAAACAAUAUUUAUGUUUGUUAAAUCAGUUAAUUAUGUAUUAGAAACCU